AUGAAUGGUGAUGAUAUUGGUAAAAUUGAUAUUGUUGGAGAAAAUGUAGAACAAUCUGGAGAGAAGAAAAAUGUAGCAAAUGUCGAGGAACAGAAAAAUAAUACUGAUGAAGUUGAAACUGAUGUUGAAUCAAAUGAAAAAUACAAGUUGAGGAGAAAGAGAGGUAGAAAAAACACGAAAGAGACUAGGGAAGGAGAAACUCAAAGCAGUGCUACUAAUAAGGUUCUUCGGCGAAAGGAUUGCAGAGAAUGGACAAAUGAUCUUCAUGCCAAAUUCGUGAAAACGGUACAACAACUCGGUGAAGGAAGAUGUUACCCAAAGGAGAUUCUUGAAGUGAUGAAGCAUGAUGUGCCUGAUCUUACCAGGAUGCAAGUGGCUAGCUACCUUCAGAAAUGUCGUCGCAAGAAUUUGAGAUCUCCAGAAGAGAGAAAAUAUAUUUGUUACCCAUCCGGUCAAGGAUCCUCAAAUGAUUCUAAGAAAAGAAGUAGUUUUCAAGAAUAUGGAACAAUGCCUCGUCUUCAAACAAAUGUACCAAUUCUACAACAUGAACCUGAUCAAACCCAAAGAGGGACAUAUUUUCCAAUUUCAACUCUCAAUACCAAUAAAAGUUUUUCUAGAGGGGAGAGUUCAACUCAACAACAACUUUAUCGCCCACAACUUCAGGUUCAACCCCGCUACCUCAAUAUUGAAAAUCGAUUCAAUAAUUCAUUUUUUCCAGCCCAAAGUUAUGUUGGUGAUAGGCUACAACAACAUGAACCAUUAGUAGAAAUGUUGAAUUCACAAGGACUACAAGACUCAAUUAUUAAGAACACUAGUUAUAGUCCUGUCCUAGAGUUUAAUAGUGGGGAUCAUCACAAUCAAAGUGAUUACAGUUUGGAUCUCAAUGUGACCCAUGGAGAAACAUAUUCAGGUUGCCGAAUAAUAAUGGGUACAGAAAUUGGAAAUGCGACAAAUAGUGAAUAUAACUUGAAUGUCAAUGUAGACAAUGUUUCUAAUUCUUAUGUUGGAAAUACGACUGCUAAUGAAUUGGGAGUAGCAAAUGCAAAUUUUCAACAAUAUAUUCUUGAACCAAACAUGUCUAAUCCAAGCAGUAUUAUUGGGGCAUCAUAUGCGAAUGAUAUUGAAGGAGGUGAUUCAAAUAAGAAGAAAAAGUGUGAUGCGUAUUUUGAAUUCAAUGAUAUGGGUUAUCUCUUCCAGAAUCAUGGACCUUCAAGUUCUAACCUACCUAAUGAACAAGGUACAGAGUUUGAUCAAGUUUACUCUGAUGAUCAGGUAGUAGCGACAUCCAGUGUCCAGUUUUCAGGAACAUCAAAUUAUCCUGAUAAAUCAUCAAUAUGA